AUGGAAAACAGUGACCCCGCAUCAACAUCCAAACCAGUUCGCUAUAAAAAAAAAGAAAAUGGAAAAAUUCGCUACGUUUUUGUCGAUCAGGAUAAAUUUCAAAACUUACCGUUAUUUCCAACCACAUUGACGGAACGUACACCGGUCGUAAAGGUCAAUUCUUCCAUGAAAUCUGGUUCUAUUUCGACUCAAGCUUUGACUCUUCCACCUUCAAUCUUAAAAAAAGGACAAUCUCAGCCGAAGAAGAAAUCUUCUGCAGUAUCGACUACCUCAAACUUGUCCAGAUUACCAGAUCAACGUUCCUACUCACCGACGAUAUCCGAUGUAAGUUAUUCGUCAUCGAAUUAUUCAAAAGCAAAUUCGAAACAAUUUACCAAUUUGUCACCAACAACGAACGUUCAAAAAGAGCAAACUGAACGGAAUAAUGUCGACUCAGUCUCAAAACUGAUAACGAAAUUGGAACAAAAUAACUUAACAAGUGAGACGAUAGAGAACGGUGAUAAUAAAGGAAAUAGACAAUCGUAUACGUUAGUUUGGCUUAAUAAAAACGUCAAUUCACCUGAAAAUCACGACAUAUGUGCUGAAUUUCGUCAAAUAAUUGAUCAUUUAAAACUUUUUGAUAAUACUGAAGAAUGCGAAAAGCAGAUGAAAAAAGUGAAAAAUGAAAAGAUUUUUCUCAUUAUUAAUGGUCAGUUUGCAACAGAAAUUGUUCCAAAAGUACACCAGAAUCCAGAUCUAUUGGCCAUUUACGUCUAUGAUUUGAACGAUGACACUAAACACCAGUGGAUUGAUGAAUAUCCAAAGGUUAAACACAUAUUUGAUAACAUUGAUUCAGUGAAAAAUCAGUUAAAAUUGGAUGUUCAUGAUUUACAUUCAACAGUUGAUGAUAGCACAAAGAUAAAUGGUAUUCAAGAUAAUAAGUCGGAUGACGAACAUACACAUAGUGAAGGACAUAAACAACUAGACAACUAUUGA